CGGCCACACAUUGGUUUGUUUACCUUUUUACCUAGUGAGUUAAUUAUUUUAUGCCGAUUGUGAUACUUAACUAUUUGAAUUAAAACAAUAAAAAUAUUUGUAAAUAAAAGUUGUUAUGCACUAAAGUAGUUCGUAAGAACUAACGGAAAGGAUGAUUCGCUUACGGCAAGCAAUUUGUGAGCAGCUGCCGCAGCUCAAGAAUGCCUGCCAUGCCCUGGAGGUGCCUGUCAAGAAACAACAGAUCCAGAAUGCCGGACGUCCGACUGUGGAGUGGAUUCUGCCCUCUGCGUUUGCACAACAGGAGGGGGAACUAAUUGACUCAAUGAAGAAGCACAGAUUCAAGGAUGCCUACGUGGAAAACGUUCGAAUUGUACCCAGCGCUGGACGCAGUGCAGCCAAAAUCGAGUUCCAGCUGCAGCCUCAGGUCUUUGUAGAGCAGCUCCUCCAAACUAAAGAGAAUGCUUUGCAUCCUUCGCCCUUUGCUGCGGAACACAUAGUGGUUGAGUACAGCUCGCCCAACAUAGCCAAACCCUUCCACGUGGGCCACCUGCGCUCCACAAUCAUCGGCAAUGUUCUGGCCAAUCUGCACCAGCAUUUGGGCUACCGCACCACUCGCUUAAAUUACCUGGGGGAUUGGGGCACGCAAUUUGGACUACUGGCAUUGGGAGUUCAAUUGCUGAAUGUAAGCGACAAAGAGAUGCAACUAUCCCCAAUAGAAACGCUGUACAAAUCCUACGUGGCCGCCAACCAGGCGGCUGAACAAAGACCUGAAAUCGCGCAGCGGGCGAGAGACCUCUUCGCCGCCUUGGAAGGAGGAACGGAUAGAGCAAUGGUCAAGCAAUGGCAGCAGUACAGAAAGUACACUAUAGAGGAUCUAUCCAAAGUCUACAACCGAUUGGGCGUUCACUUCGAUAGCUACGAAUGGGAGUCCCAAUACUCCCAGCAGCAAAUUCAGGAUGUUCUGGACAAACUGCGCAGCGCUGGACUCCUGCAGCCGGAGCACGAUGGUCGUGAGAUUGUCGUGGUGGAUGGUCGACGCAUUCCUGUGAUCAAGAGUGAUGGAUCCACUUUGUACCUGGCCAGGGACAUCGCUGCGCUGCUGGAGAGGCUGUCCAGAUUCCAGUUCUCACGCUUGCUCUACGUCGUGGACAAUGGUCAAGCGGACCAUUUUAAUGCUCUCUUUAAAACAACGGCAGCCCUGGAUGACCGCCUAAGUUUGGAACAGCUGCAACAUGUGAAAUUCGGACGCAUUCAUGGGAUGAGCACUCGUCAGGGAAAGGCAAUCUUCCUUAAAGAUGUCCUGGAUGAAGCACGCAAUAUAAUGCAGGAAAAGCGAAACUUAAGUGCGACUACCAGAGAAAAUUACAAUCUGGAUGAUGAACAUGUAUGUGAUAUUUUGGGCGUGUCAGCCGUCCUGAUCAAUGUCCUCAAGCAGCGAAGGCAACGAGAUCACGAGUUUAGCUGGCAGCAGGCGCUCCAAGUAAAUGGUGACACAGGAAUUAAGCUUCAAUACACACACUGCCGCCUGCACAGUUUACUGGAUAAUUUCCGAGAUGUAGAUCUGGACGACAUUAAGCCCGACUGGAAGCAUUUCGCCACGGAGCCAGCGGAUGCUUUGGAUCUGCUCUACGCACUCGCACGCUUCGAUCAAAGCGUUUGGCAAUCGAAGGAACAACUGGAGGCUUGUGUCCUGGUCAACUACCUCUUUGGAUUGUGCAAUGCCACCAGUCGAGCGCUGAAAAGAUUGCCUGUAAAACAAGAGUCCAGCCUAGAAAGGCAACUCCAACGCCUGCUUCUCUUUAACGCUGCGAAGAAAACGCUGCGACAGGGAAUGGAGCUCCUCGGCCUGCGUCCACUGGACCAAAUGUAGACCAAUGAGAUCAAAGCACCGCUGUUAACAUAGUUUAUAUUUAUUAAAACACUUCGAUAUAAAAUGCAGCCCAGUGUUGCAGAUGCGCA